CACUCAGUUCUUGCUGAGGAACUGAGAAGCAGAGCAGAACAGAGCCAGACCAGGUCAUACUGAGUAGGCUCCACGGGACAUAAGAGGGUGAGAGGAGGACUACACCAACCAGAGAGGUGCUGUGAUGGCUCCUGGGCCCGUCCUGCUGUGCCUAUGUCUUGGCCUGUCUGCUGUGGCCCCCUCCAUCCACAAUCUGAGCUGCUACUACAACUACAACAGUAAAAUCAACUGUGAGUGGCUCAGUGAGAGUUCAGACCUGUGCACGAUUGAAGCACAAAAAAUCAACUACUACAACCUCAAACAUUUUCACAACUACAGCUCCAACUGCACUCUGGGACCCCCAGACCAGUCAGGGCUGAGGAGAUGCUCACUGCUCUUCAAAAGACAUAUGAAAAGUUAUGACGUACUGUCUCUGAACCUGUCGUGCGCUCACCUGUUCCAGAGCCUGGUCUUAGAGUUCAAACUGGAGGACCAUGUAAAGCUGGAGGCCCCUGGUAUACCUGUGGUAAAUGGAAGCAGCCUCUCCUGGGCCCCUCAUGUUGUAAACUCAUGUUGUGAACUCCUCCUUAAGUACGAGGUUCAGUGGACAUCCCAGCAGCACUCAUGGGCGGAGGGCUGGUCCAAGAGUAUCAACUGUAAACAGCAGCGGUGCCCAGUGGAGCUCGACACAGAAACCCUGGUGGUCAGGGGCAGAUACAGAGCACGUAUCCGGGGCCGCUUGUUGGCCAAGAUGGAGUCUGAGUGGAGCGACUGGGGGCCCAUACUGUCCUGGGAGUCUCUAGUGGGAGAGGAGCAGCCUGGGUCUUGGGUAGGGCUUUCAUGGGUCUUCGGAGCUGUGGGGGGUGUCAUGUUCCUUCUGUUCCUGAUCAUCCUCCGGACCUCAAGAACCCUCUGGCUGUACGUGAUGAGGCUGGUCAAAGGAGAUCCUCUGCCAAGCCCCGCCCCCUCUGUCCUCAAGGUGGCAGGGUCUCCCUUCAGCGGCGAUUUUUUCCUUACCUUCUUCAGACCUGUGGACAUCGCCUCCGUGGAGGUGCUCCCUGCUGUACCCGGGCCUCUGCAGUGCCCCCUCCUGGAGGACAAACCACCGGCCAUACCUAUCCACCUACGCCCCAGCCAGUCCAACUUCUCCAACCCUAUGUACUCCGAGCUGUGCCCCCCCACCACCACCAUGCCCCUGCUGUCCUGCUCCAAAGACAGCCCCUACGACCCCCCCCGAGACUCUGACGCCAACCCUGACCCUAACCCGGAUCUCCAGAGCCACAUGGGAGAACUUCCGUGCCCCGAACUGGCCAUGCUGCUGCAGCUUAUGUCACAGCAGUGUCAGGGGGUACCAGUUGUGUGCGAGUACGAGAGGGUGGAGGCGGUGGGUACCUCAGGGGACAGGGUGAGGCUGACCAGUGUGGACUCGGGCGUGAGCAGCGGGGAGGAGGUGAGCCACGACAGUCUGUAUCCACUGGAGGACCAAGCUGGUGGAAGUUCUUCAGUACUAGAAGAUCAGACUGCUCUACACACGCCCAGAUCUCACCCACCCAUGCUAGAGACAGCUUAAAGGGAUGAUGUUACGUAGACUGGUACACCCUAAAUUGCGUCCAAUGUCUGUCCACCCUCUGAUAGGAACAGUUGAGUUUUGCAGGGCGUGUGCUCUGACACAUUUGUACCAUUUUAACUUUGAAAUGAAAGACUCCAUUGAAAAAGUACACGCAAAGAAGGCAUUUUUCUGACAGAUAAAACUGCAUUAACAUGGUGUAGUUGGUCCCAUAGUACAUUUUGCCCCCAACAAGAUGAUGACAGGUUUUCACUAGAGCAUCUGCAGUUGGUGUGUCCUUGGGCAAGACACUUCACCAGCUCACCUGUAUGUAUACAUGUGAGAGUGGCAGAGCUGAUGAAGAGGCCAUCAAAUGUAUAUAAAAUAAUGCAUUAUGUCAUUUUUGCUGUUGAUAUCAAAUUGCGAUGAUGUAUUUUAAAUGUGUUUACAGUAGAACAAGCUUGUGAUGUAGCCUGAUUUUAAGAGAUGAACACGCUCUGCGUCAGACAGUGUGGACAUUUUUGUAUAGUUUAAAUAGUAUAAUGAAUGCUGCUGGCUCUAAACAACAGCCCUCAUUUGAAACUUUGCAGCUGAUGUCAUAACCCCUGGGCUGUGAUGCUAACUGGAGGGACUGCUCUGUCUAAAGCUCUGUUACCAAAGUAAGACAUUAAUCUGAGCUGUUUUAACACAAUCUGUCCCAAAAGAAUUGAAUCAGUUGGAAUAACAACAGGUGAGCUGAUCUGUGCUGUUAAACAAGUCCCUCUCAAAUAACAUUACAUUAAUAACAUUACAGUCACUCAUAUUUGGCAGUGUUUGCAACUCCUGAACAUUCUGCCAUAGACAUACAUAAGAGAACCCCCCCAGUGUGAGGUCACUGCAAAGUAUCAAUAAUUCAACCUGAACCUUUGUAUAUGUGCUGUUGUAGAGAUCGACCAGAGAAUGUAUUACAAAUGUCUAGAGAAUAUUACUUGGGUAGAAGUCUUUUUAUUAAUUCUUCUGGACAUGUUUAAAACAUGAAUGUAAAUUUUUCCCAAAUCAUUUAGCCCUAAUGUACAGAAGGGUAGAACUAACAUGCUUAAAGUGACUGGGAGAAAAAAAAACAUGGCACUUUUUAUGUCAUGAUAUUAUAGGCUAAGCUUACUAAUGUAAUAUGUGUGUAUAAUUUGAUUAGAACUGGGUUGAUUUGAUCCAAAACAGAUUUUUGGAUUGCUUGCUGGCCUGUUUUUAUUGACCUGACAAGCCCUAAUACAUUUGCAUGAUAUUUUUAAUAAGCCAGUGCUAUUUAUUGUAUUUAAAUGUUGCUGGGAUUUUUUUUAUUUUUAUUUUUUUAAUUUAUUUUUGUUUUUUACAAUGACUGGAACAAAUUAAAUGAAUAAAAUAAAUAAUUUUAACCGGC